CAUUUAUCAGUUGACUCUGGCCCUGGUUGCUGCAGGCUGACAUUCCGAGAAAAUUCUUCCGUGAAGAAUAAUCAAAAUGAACAAGUGCCACGGGGACAACAUGGACUUUUUCUGCACCACCCUGGACAGCAACGGGCUCAUUCUCGACAUUAACAGCAGCCCUGAGGUCAAGAGCCGCUACCCCGAGCUCACAAGGGAGAACCUGCUGGGCAAGAGUUUGGACCAGGUGGUGGUCGACGAGGAUGCCCUGCUGCUGUCCAUGCACCUGGACAUCGUGCGUCGCUUCGGCUGCGCGCAGAGCCCCGUCUACCAGCUGGGCGUGGACAUCACAUCCGGCACGCUCAUCUCCGUGUCCUCGAGGAGCCAGCUGGUCAGGGUCAGGAACGGGCCGAGAACGGAGCUCAGCGAAAUGGGCAAGGAUGACCUCAUCUUCUGCGACAACGCCAUCUUGAGUCCCCCGACUGCGAAGGUGGAGGAGAAGGAGGAAAAAGCUGCCGAGCCGGCAAAGGUGAGCAAGGUGCUGCCGUGGACGUUCGUGUUCAGUCGCGAAUGCAUGACGCCGACGCCCAAAUAUUACGUGUUUCCGCACCAGCUGCCAACUACCGAAUACAAGAGCUGUUUCUUCGCCAACUCUGCUUGGCAGCCGCAGCCCUGGACAGACAUCAACGUGUCCACCUGGGACAAAACCCAGUCUGCGCCCAAAAUCGUUUCUUAAUCACAAUUUUAGUACCUGAAAAAAGCGAAAUUUGAAUUUUAAAACUGAUGAAAUUUGAAAAACUACGAAGAUGAAUGUCGAUUUUAAAAAUUUGGAUUUUAAGCGAAUUGGAGUUACUGUUAAAUCAAUUUUUGGUGUCCUGAGACGCCAUUUUGGAAGCUGAUGAAAAAUCAAGUUAUAGUUAGUUAUUAGUUGUAAGGCUGAUUGAAGAACGCCUGCAAAGGUAUGCAACCUGCGUGACUUGUUUCUCAAAUUAUGUUUGUAUCGAUCCCCCAGUUGAAUUUAGCUUUAAGAUUUAGACUAAUUAGAAAUAUAAUUACUACUGAUUCUUA